CACUGAUGAUCAGUGCCCUGAUGAUAUGUGUAGCCCCAUCAGUGCCACCGCUCAGUGUCCAUCAAUGCCAUCUGCUAGUGCCCAUCAGUGCCACAUCAAUGCCACAUAUCAGUGCCUACCAGUGCCCAUCUGAGCUGCCUUUCAGUGCUAACUAUCAGUGCCAUGCCAGUCAGUGCCAGUCAGUGCCGCCUAUCAGUGCUAUAUAUGAGUGCUGUCUUUUAGUGCCCAUCAGUGAUGCCUGUCAAUGCCCAUCAGUGCCACCUACCAUUGCCUCCUCAUCAGUGCUGCCUAUCAUGCCCAUCAGUGCAGCCUAUCAGUGCCCAUCAGUGCAGCCUCAUUAGUGCACAUCAGUGAAGGAGAAAAAUUACUUAUUUACAAAAUUUUAUAA